AUGUUGGGGAGUCUGAGCUUCUGGAUGCUUCUUCCAGCUGCUGUGCAGGCCCCAGCAGGUCAUCGGACUUGUGUGUUCUUUGAAGGCCCUGGAGUGCAGGGAAGCACAAGGGCCCUGGGGGAGCUACUAGAUGCAGGGCCAGGGCCCCCCAGGGGUAUCCGUUGCCUCUACAGCCAUUGUUGCUUUGGAAUAUGGAACCUGACUCAGGAUGGAGCCCAGCUGGAGAUGCAGGGUUGCCGAGACAGUGAUGAGCCGGGUUGUGAAUCCUCCAGGUGUGAGCCAGCCCGCCUUGCCCACGCCACCCCUGCCUCCACUCUGUUCACCUGCUCAUGCGGCACUGAUCUCUGCAAUGCCAACUACAGCCACUUGCCACCUCCAGGGAUCUCAAGGACCCCCAACUCUGAGGGUCCCCAAUCUCCACCUGGGGACUCCUUUCUAGUGGUGGUGUCUCUGCUGGUGCUGUUCUUCCUUCUUAUGCUGGGCAGCAGCAUCUUGGCCCUUCGACAGUGGAAGGCAUUUAGGGCCUCGGGGGGCCAGGAGCUAGAAGCUGAGCCAGGCAUCCGUUGGAGCCAGGAGUUGCCGGAGCUACAAGAGUUAUACUUCUCUCAGAUCCUGCAAGAAGGGGGCCAUACGGUGGUAUGGGCAGGACACCUUCAAGGGGAGCCAGUGGCCAUCAAGGCCUUCCCCACUUGGGCAGCACCCCAGUUUCAGACAGAAAGGGCACUCUAUGAGCUCUCUGGCCUGCAACAUGACAACAUAGUACGAUUUAUUGCCGCUGGCAGAGGGGGCCCCAGUUCCCGGCCCCCUGGUCCCCUGCUGGUACUUCAGCUGUACCCCAAGGGCUCCCUGUGCCACUACCUGGCCCACCAUACCUGUGAUUGGGGCCUUUCUCUAAAGCUCGCACUCUCUCUGACAAGGGGCCUGGCCUUCCUUCAUGAGGAAUCCUGGAGGGAUGGUCAAUAUAAACCAGGCAUUGCUCACAGGGACCUGAGUAGCCACAAUGUGUUUGUUCGAGAUGAUGGUUCUUGUGCCAUUGGAGACCUGGGUCUUGCCUUGGCGCUUCCUGGUCUCACUCAGCCCCCUACCUGGCUUCCCACUCAACCCCGGGGCCCAGCCACCAUCAUGGAGGCUGGAACUCAGCGAUACAUGGCCCCAGAGAUUCUGGACAAGACUCUAGACCUUCAGGACUGGGGGAUGGCUCUUCGGCGGGCCGAUAUCUACUCUCUUUCACUGCUCUUGUGGGAGAUGCUAAGUCGAUGUCCUGACUUAUGGCCUGACCACAGGCCCCCACCAUUCCAGCUGGCCUACGAAGCAGAGCUGGGGAGCAGCCCCACCACCUGCGAGCUCUGGGCCCUGGCUGUGGCAGAAAGAAGGCGGCCUCACAUUCCCCCCAGCUGGUACCGUACCACCAUGGAGCCCGGGGGAUUGCCUGAGCUUCUGGAGGAUUGCUGGGAUUCAGAUCCUGAAGCUCGACUUACAGCUGAGUGUGUGCAGCACAGAUUGGCCAGGCUGCGGUACAAUGCCGAGGCCCCUGACUCUGGGGAGGCUUCUCCCAAUGUCCUUCCUUCCUUCUGCCCCCAAGCCUGUUCUGCCAGCCCUGGGACAGGCCCUUGGCAAGGGACCUCUUUAGAUUCUAGCUGAACAUUUUAGAUCCCAGCUGAGCAUUUGCAACACUCCUUUUCUAGCAAUCCCUUACCAAAAGGAAUCAGCAUCUCAAUCUGCCAAAUAUUGUCAUCAUUGUAAAUAUGUAGAUGUGUAGUUCAUAUGUAAUCCAUGUACGUGUACACACACAUGUAUAUACACCUAGACAUAUAUGCACUAAGACACAUGGAGAGUGAUUAUAUGACCAGCUGUUUAGCCUCACAACCCUGCCCAUGAUUCUCUAUAGGUUUCCUGAUCCAUGACUAUCAGUGGAUAGAUCUGGAAGAUAGAAAACUUUGGCAAAAUGGCAGAGGAGGGAUGUGAAAAUGGGGAAGGGAAGAAAAAAAGGCAUAAAAUAAGCAGCAAAGAAAUGUAAACAGAUUUAUAGCUUAAUGAAAGACAAUUUUCUCAAUCCUUAUAUUUUUGACCUUCUAGACACUUUUUUGGCUUUUUUCUUUUCUUUUUAAAAUACACAUUGCUUUAUUAAUUAUGUUGGGAGAGAAAAAACAGAGCAAAAGGGAAAAACCAUGGGAGAGAUUAAAAAAAAAAAACAAUAGAAAAAAGAAGUGAACAUAGCAUGUGUUGAUUUACAUUCAUUCUCUUUAGUUCUUUUUCUGGGUGCAGAUGGCAGUUUCUGGCCAAAGUUUAUUGGGAUUGCUUUGGAUCAUUGAGCCACUGAGAAAAACCAAGUCUUUCAUGGUUGGUCAUCACACAUUCUUGCUGUUAUUGUGUACAAUAUAUUCCUGGUUCUGCUUGUUUCAUUCAGCAUCAUUUCAUAUUUUGGCUUUCUCUUGCUUCUCUGACACUGUGCUCCACUAGAUUUUUGUCUAAUCUUUGCAUUCAUCCUGGAUAGAUCAGGCCCCCUUCACCCAGUGAACGAGGGGAAGUACAAAUAGAAUUAGCUAAUGUGACUUAUUAAUGAAUAUCCAUGAGUUAAACUGCUUACUACAAAGAAAUUCUAUCAACCCUGGGGUUGAGACUGGCACAUUGAGGAUAUAAUCUGAAUUCUGUUUUCUCAGAAAGGUUAUUUAUUGUUCUUUGUUCUUGAAGAGAACCAAUAACAUCAGGAGGGUGAUGUCUUGACCUGAAAGUGAAUUCUAUUUAAGUGAAGCAGUCAACAAAGUCAUCAGCCUCACUCUCAACUCCAGAGUCAACAAGGUCCAGUGGCAAAAUCAGGAUGACUGAUGAUGGUCCAAGAUGCAGUGGGAGAUCUUGAUCCUUUUAAGCUAAGGUCUUUCCCAGGUCUCAGUUUGUCUGAGGCAAUAAUCAUUCAGUAAUUAAAGGUUAGAUAAGAACUGAGGCAAAAAAACCAAAAAAUAAAAUCCUAGUGUUGAGACUGUUAUAUUGGGAACAUAACCUUAGUUCUGCUUUCUCAGAAUUGGUGCAUUUGUAGAAGACCCUUUGUCUUUUCCUUUGUCAACUUUAGUAUAUUAUAAAACUAAAAAGUCCCUUAAGAAAUGUGGACCUCCCAGAACCGGCCUAGUGCCCAGAUAGAGCUAGUUGCUUGUUUUGGAGUUACACGGAGCUUCAUUUCCCCACAGAAGGCCAAAUUUGGGCACCAACAUGGCAGUAAGACAGGGUACACAUCUUUUACCCUUCUUGAAUGAAUCUAUUCACUAUUGUAUAUUAUCAAUAAACCCUAAAGCUAGAUCAACUGAU